GGACAGUUACGGUAGCGUCCGGAGUGGUCCGACGCGCUGCGGAGCACCGGCAGCUGAUGGAACAGCCGCGGGACUCGAGCAGUGACAGAUGGAGGAACGAGCCCUCGAACCCAAACUGGUUCUGGUCUUCAGCGGGAAACGGAAGUCCGGAAAAGAUUAUGUGACGGACCUGAUACAGGGACGGUUGGGGUCGGACACGUGCUGCGUCCUGCGUCUGUCCGGACCUCUGAAACAACAAUAUGCUGAGGAGCACGCUCUGGACCUGGACCAGCUGCUGGGCCCUGGUCCUUAUAAGGAGCAGUUUCGGGCCGAUAUGAUUGGCUGGGGAGAAACUCGACGACGGCGUGACCCCGGAUUCUUCUGUCGCCUAGCAACCAGAGGAGCACGGCAACCAGUCUGGGUGGUGAGUGAUGCACGGCGCCGGUCGGACCUUCAGUGGUUCCUAUCGGAGUUUCCCCAACAAACUAGAAGUGUCAGAGUUCAAAGUUCAGAGGAAACCAGGAAAAAGAGGGGGUGGAGCUUCACUGCAGAUGUUGAUGAUGCAGAGUCAGAGUGUGGGUUGGACAGUGGCAUUGAAUAUGAUUGGAUAAUCAGCAAUGAGGGCGACGCCCCCUCAUUAGAUGAGCAGCUGCAGCCAAUCCUGAGGCUGGCAGAGGAAGCAGCUUCGUGACCAAUCACAGCCGAUCACUGACCAGAUCCCAGCCGGUUCCCUGAGAGGAGCGGUCACGUGACGGGGUCGUGGUCAUGUGACACUUUAUGAUGUGAACCUGCUCGGUGGCGUAGUUUGAUGUACAACUGUCAGUCAGCUGGUUCUCACACACACACACACAGUGCCACCAGUGUGUGUGUGUGAGGAAUCGAACCAGCAACUAAAUGUGAUAAAUAAAAUGUUUAAGAAAAGUCUUAAUUUUUUUAUGCAGAAAUUAAAUGUUUGUAAGUGCAACUUUUCCUGUGGUUUAUUAAACUGAUGAAAGAA